CCAUUUAAGUUGAUACUCUUAACAAUUCCAAUUUCCCUUGCCUAAAAAAGACACUACUUUACCAAACAAAUCAUAGCCCAAUAACAAGAUCAGUAGAAAAAGAAAAGCCCACAAUAGGCCCAAUUUGUUUGGCAAUCCAACUAUAAAUAUAAAUCCGUCUGACAAUUCAAAAUAACGAAAAAGCAAAAAGAAAAAAAAUCAAAGAAAAGAGUAAGAGGAGUCAAAAGAAGAGAGCUUUCCUCUGUUUCUCUAUGGCACUCUCCAUGUGCACAGCUUCUCAGUUACAGUCUCUUUCUAAUAAGUUCUCCUUACCUUCAAUGGACAGAAGCCUAGCUGCCGUUAUUUCCCGUCAGCUUCCGUUAACUGUACCUUUACCUCCAUCUUCCUCCGUCAACCCCAAUGCAAGAUUCUGUACCUCAAUUUUAAAGAAGAGUCUUUCUCUAGUUUCCUCAAGUCCCCGUGUCCCUACUUUAAAAUGCUCUGCUUCCACCUCUCAAGCUUAUGCCGAUCAAUCAGCAAAAUUUCAAGAAGCUUCGAAGAAAGGGAAUUUAGUUCCUUUGUACCAUUGUAUAUUAUGUGAUCACCUUACUCCAGUGCUUGCCUAUCGCUGUCUGGUUAAGGAAGAUGACAGAGAUGCUCCAAGCUUUUUAUUCGAAUCUGUUGAGCCUGGUUCGGAUGCUUCCACUGUUGGGCGAUAUAGUGUUUUAGGAGCUCAACCGAGUGUAGAAAUUGUGGCCAAAGAGAAUAUGGUGACAAUUAUGGACCACUAUGAAGGACGGAGGACAGAGGAGAUUGUGGACGAUCCCAUGGAAGUUCCUAGGAAAAUGAUGGAGAGUUGGACCCCCCAACUUGUUGAUGAGCUUCCUGAAGUGUUCAGUGGUGGGUGGGUUGGAUAUUUCUCUUAUGACACAGUACGGUAUGUUGAGAAGAAAAAGCUGCCUUUUGAUGGUGCACCACCAGAUGACAGAAAUCUCCCUGAUGUCCAUCUUGGCCUUUAUGAAGAUGUUAUGAUAUUUGAUCAUUUGGAGAAGAAAGCAUAUCUUAUUCACUGGGUGCGACUAGAUCGAUUUUCUACAGUUGAGGAGGCCUUUAAUGAUGGGAUAAAUCGGUUGGAAAAUUUAGUUUCUCGAGUACAUAAUAUAACUACACCAAGGCUACCUGCAGGUUCAAUACAGUUGUCAACUCGUCUUUUUGGCCCUAAAUUAGAGAUGUCAAGCAUGACAAGUGAAGAAUAUAAGGCUGCAGUUUUGCAGGCUAAAGAGCAUAUUUUGGCUGGUGAUAUAUUUCAGAUUGUGUUGAGCCAGCGUUUUGAACGGCGUACAUUUGCAGACCCAUUUGAGAUCUAUAGAGCUCUAAGAAUUGUUAAUCCUAGUCCAUAUAUGGCUUAUUUACAGGCUAGAGGAUGUAUACUGGUUGCUUCUAGUCCAGAAAUCCUCACCCGUGUAAAGAAGAAUAAGAUUAUAAACCGGCCCCUUGCUGGGACUGUUAGGAGAGGAAAAACACCUAAAGAAGAUAAAAUGUUGGAGAAGGAACUUUUAAAUGAUGAAAAGCAAUGUGCAGAACAUAUUAUGCUAGUUGACUUGGGAAGGAAUGAUGUGGGAAAGGUCUCAGAGCCUGGUUCUGUGAAAGUUGAAAGGCUCAUGAAUAUUGAGAGAUAUUCUCAUGUUAUGCACAUCAGCUCAACAGUCAGUGGAGAGUUACUUGAUCAUUUAACAAGCUGGGAUGCAUUGCGUGCUGCAUUGCCUGUUGGCACUGUUAGUGGGGCACCAAAGGUGAAAGCAAUGGAGUUAAUUGAUGAACUAGAAGUGACGAGACGUGGGCCAUAUAGUGGUGGAUUUGGUGGCAUUUCAUUUUCUGGUGAUAUGGACAUUGCUCUGGCUCUCAGAACUAUCGUCUUCCCUACAAGCACCCGGUAUGAUACAAUGUAUUCAUACAACAACUUGAACAAGCGACGAGAAUGGGUUGCUCACCUUCAAGCUGGGGCUGGAAUUGUGGCCGACAGUGAUCCUGCUGAUGAGCAGAGAGAAUGCGAGAACAAAGCUGCAGGUCUGGCUCGCGCCAUUGAUCUUGCAGAAGAAUCAUUUGUGAAGAAUUGAUUGAAUUUCAAGGAAUUUUUGUUUCUCUCAUGUAGUUUCUUUUAACAUAUAAGUUAUCAAAUCUUUGCUGUGUGUUGUUUUAAUAAGAUUUUUAAAUGGGAAAUAGGCUAGGCUUUUUGUUUAA